CGGACGACCACGGAAACCCUCGCGAGGACCGUCACUGACGCAUCGUGCUCGGUGGACGACCACGGCGCGUUCGCCAAGGCCGGAUCUCGCGUUCGUGAACGCGCGCGACGAAACGUCGGGCCCGGGAACGACGCGUGACAAAACGUCGCCCUUCGCUGACCUGGAAAGGGGAAGUCAUGUGGAGGGCGGUGGCGAGGCGCGCGGCUCGUGAGGCUUUCGCGCGGUCCGACGCGGUCGCCGCGCGCGAGAUCGACGCCGCGCGCGCCGCGGCGUCGACGCUGACGCGCUUCCGAUGCGUCUGCGGCUGCGCGUCCCCCGCGGGCGCGGCGUGCGAGCGGAGAUCGAGCUCGACUUCCCGCGAAGAUUCCUCGCGCCCCGUGUUCUCGGCGUUCUCGACGACGACGACGCGUUUCGGGCGAAGAUUCCGCGCAACGCCCCGCGCGUUCCGCUCGCGCGAGGAGUGGGCCCGCUUGGUGCACGAGGGCCACGACGUCAACCCGUGCAACUCCCCGAAACACCCCGCCGCGCUCGCGGGCAUCCCGCUGGUGGACGGCAAGCCGAUGCUCUCCAUCCAGGCUUCGUACGACGAGCACUCGCAGUGCUUCGUCUGCGGCAACGCGCACGAGUCCGGCCUCGGUCUCAAGUCCUUCAGGGUCGAGGAGAGCGACCCGCGGUGGGCGGACGCCUCCCCGAGCGCCCUUCGCAGCGUCGUCACCGUGACCGACGCGUACCAGGGCUUGCCCGGCAUCGUGUCCACGGGCGUGAUGGACUCGCUCAUGAUUUGCCACGGGAGCUGGCAGGCGGCGAUCGCGCUGAUGGACCGCGCGGUGCUGCCCCGCCCCCCGCUCGUGAUGCCCAAGUCGUACAGCAUGCAGAUACACGACAGGCUGCCGCCCGGGACGGAGAUCGAGGUGACGACGAAAGCCAUCGAGGUGAGGGACGACAAGGAGCCGUACAGGGUGAGGGUGAUGAUGGAGCUGAAGGCUGCGGGGGACGACGACCACGACGGCAAGGGGUUCGUGUGCGCGUCGUCGGAGGCGAUGUACGAGAAGGUCGGGGCGGUGCGAUCCAUGUGGUGAUUCGAUGGGCGCCAGAGUCUCGAGGUACUAGCUAGUCGGCGACCGGCGUCGUGCAUGAAAAAACAACCGCCUGUUCUGAU